CCCUCCCUCGCCCGCUCGCUCGCUCCCUCCCCCGGGCCGGCUCGGCUCUGACUCCGCCGCACGCUGCAGCCGCGGCUGGAAGAUGGCGGGGAACGACUGCGGCGCGCUGCUGGACGAAGAGCUCUCCUCCUUCUUCCUUAACUAUCUCGCUGACACGCAGGCUGGCGUGUCCGGGGAGGAGCAACUGUGCGCUGACUUCCCGGAGCUCGACCUCUCCCAGCUGGAUGCCAGCGACUUUGACUCGGCCACCUGCUUUGGGGAGCUGCAGUGGUGCCCCAACUCCGAAACCGAACCCAGCCAGUACGGCCCCGAUGACUCCGAGCUCUUCCAGAUCGACAGUGAGAAUGAGGCGCUCCUGGCAGAGCUCACCAAGACCCUGGACGACAUGCCCGAAGAUGACGUGGCUCUGGCUGUCUUCCCAGCCCUGGAUGGUGGGGACGUGCCAUUCUGCACCUCAGCUUCCCCUGCCCCCUCAUCUGCGCCCCCCAGCCCUGCUCUGGAGACACUCCCGUCCCCGGGCCCUGAGAUGGAUGAACUCUCCCUGCUGCAGAAGCUCCUCCUCGCCACAUCCUCCCCCACGUCAAGCUCUGACACCCAGAAGGAAGGGACCGCCUGGCGCCAGGCAGGCCUCAAGUCCAAAAGUCAGCGGCCUUAUGUCAAGGUAGACAACACUCACGACAAGAAGACCCCCGUGACGCAGCCUCAGAGCCGGAGUUGCACAGAGCUGCAUAAACACCUAACCUCGAAAGCCCACUCCCCGGACAGGGGCCUGCAGCUGCCAGCCCCCUGGAGUCCCCGGCCUCCUGCCAGGGAGGACGAGGAGCCGGGUGAGGACUGCCCAAGCCCCCAGCCAGCUCCAGCCUCUCCCCGGGACUGCCCAGUGCCCUCGAGGGCAAGCCCUGGUGCCCGGGUCCCCCAGGAGGACAUGCAGGCCAUGGUGCAGCUCAUCCGCUACAUGCACACCUACUGCCUCCCCCAGAGGAAGCUGCCAGCCUCCCAGCCCUGCGGCAGCCCCUCCACACGAGUCAGGCCCCGGCCCCAGCACCCCUCCAAAGCCUCCUGGGCUGAGUUCUCCAUUUUGAGGGAACUUCUAGCUCGAGAUGUUCUCUGCGAUGUCAGCAAACCCUACCGCCUGGCCACGCCUGUCUACGCCUCCCUCACCCCACAGUCCAAGCCCAGGCCCCCCAGAGACGACCAGGCCUCCCCUGGCCACCCACCCCCGGUGGAGGAGGUAAGGAUCACAGCUUCGCCCAAGAACACCGGGCCCAGACCGAGCCUGCGCCCACUGCGGCUGGAGGUGAAGGGGGACGUCCGCCGGCCUGCCAGGCCGCAGCAGCAGGAGGAGGAAGAAGAUGCAGAGGAGGAGGAAGAGGAAGAAGAAAAAGAGGAGGAGGAGGAGGAGUGGGGCAGGAAAAGGCCGGGCCGAGGCCUGCUGCGGACCAAGCCGGGGAGGAAGCUGGGGAGCUCUGUGUGCCCCGUGCGGCGGUCAAGGAGACUGAACCCCGAGCUGGGCCCCUGGCUGAUGUUCCCUGAAGAGUCCCUAGUCCCCUCGGAGCCCCAAGGUGCUCUGCCCUCGCUGUGCCUGGCCCCCAAGGCCUACGACAUUGAGGGGGAGCUGGGCAGCGCCACGGACGAGGACACUGGCCAAGACCAGCAGCUUCUACCGGGACCCCAGAUUCCCGCCCUGGAGAGCCCCUGUGAGAGCGGGUGCGGGGACACGGAUGAGGACCCCAGCUGCCCGAGGCUCCCUCCCGGAGACUCUCCCAGGUGCCUCAUGCUGACCUUGUCACAAAGCGACCCUCCUUUUGGCAAGAAGAGCUUUGAGCAGACCUUGACAGUGGAGCUCUGCGGCACGGCAGGCCUCACUCCACCCACCACACCCCCGUACAAGCCCACCGAGGAGGACCCCUUCAAGCCAGACAUCAAGCACGGCUUGGGCCACGACACAGCUCCCAGCCUCCCCUCUCCUGAGGGCCUCCAGCUCGGGGCCACCUCGGGGCCUGCCCACAAGCUGCCAAAGAAGCACCCAGAGCGGAGUCAGCUCCUGUCCCACCUGCGGCAUGCCACCGCCCAGCCGCCGGCCUCCCAGGCUGGCCAGAAGCGCCCCUUCUCCUGUUCCUUUGGAGACCAUGACUACUGCCAGGUGCUCAGGCCAGAGGGUGCCCUGCAGAGGAAGGUGCUGAGGUCCUGGGAGCCAUCUGGGGUCCACCUUGAGGACUGGGCCCAGCAGGGUGCCCCUCGGGCUGAGGCACAGGCCCCCAGCAGGGAGGAAGACAGGAGCUGUGAUGCUGGCGUCCCACCCAAGGACAGUAUGCUGCUGAGAGACCACGAGAUCCGCGCCAGCCUCACCAAGCACUUUGGGCUGCUGGAGACCGCCCUGGAGGAUGAAGACCUGGCCUCGUGUAAGAGCCCUGAAUAUGACACCGUCUUUGAGGACAGCAGCAGCAGCAGUGGUGAGAGCAGCUUCCUCCUGGAGGAGGAAGAGGAGGAGGAGGACCAUGAAGAAGAGGACUCAGGGGUCAGCCCCCCUCGCUCCGACCACUGCCCCUACCAGAGCCCACCGAGCAAGGCCGGUCGGCCACUCUGUUCCCGCAGCCGUUCGAGCUCUGGCUCCUCAUCCUGCCGCUCCUGGUCACCAGCCACCCGAAGGAACUUCAGAUGUGAGAGCAGAGGGCCGUGUUCAGACAGAACGCCAAGCGUCCGGCAUGCCAGGAAGCGGCGGGAAAAGGCCAUUGGCGAAGGCCGCGUGGUGUACGUUCGAAAUCUCUCCAGCGACAUGAGCUCCCGAGAGCUGAAGAGGCGCUUCGAAGUGUUUGGCGAGGUCGUAGAGUGCCAGGUGCUGACGAGGAGUAAGAGAGGCGAGAGGUACGGCUUCAUCACCUACCGGUGUUCCGAGCACGCGGCCCUGUCCCUGAGGAACGGCGCUGCCCUGAGGAAGCGCAGCGAGCCCGCCUUCCAGCUGAGCUGCGGGGGGCUCCGGCACUUCUGCUGGCCCAGAUACACUGACUACGAUUCCAAUUCGGAAGAGGCCCUUCCUGCGUCAGGCAAGAGCAAGUACGAAGCCAUGGAUUUCGACAGCUUACUGAAAGAGGCCCAGCAGAGCCUGCAUUGAUAACAGCCUUAACCCUCGAGGAAUACCUCAAUACCUCAGACAAGGCCCUUCCAAUAUGUUUACGUUUUCAAGGAAAUCAAGUAUCUGAGAAGGAGAGAGAGCGAGCGAGCGUGAGAGAGAACACACGUGAGAGAGAGACUUGAAACUACUGUCCUUUUAAAAAAAAAAAAAAUCAAUGUUUACAUUGAACAAAGCUGCUUCUGUCUGUGAGUUUCCAUGGUGUUGACGUUCCACUGCCACAUUAGUGUCCUCGCUUCCCACGGGUUUUCCUGUGUGCGCCUCGAAGUGCUGGUCGGCCACCCAGUGCCCCUGCCAUCCCCACGGACUUCCUCUCGUAGACUCGCAGCUGUGUUCGCCAUACCAUUUCUUGUCUGUAGUGUGUGAUGAUGAAAUCGUUACUUGUGAAUAGAAUCAGGAUUAUAAACUCAUUUUUAAUUGAAGAAAAAAAAAAGUAUAUCCUUAAAAUAAUGUAUUUAUGGCUCAGAUGUACUGUGCCUGGGAUUAUUGUAUUGCUUCCUUGAUUUUUUUAACUAUGCACUGGCAUGAGGUGUUUGCCACUGAGCUGCUCUGCUCCCCUUGCCGGAUUGCCCUGGUGGUGCUGGGUGGCCUGUAGGCUGGUCCCCGGGAAAGCGUGGCCUGCAGCCGUAAGGAAGAGCCAUGGAGAGAGGUUUCCAGGCCAUUUCUGUCAAGCCCUGCCCUGUCUCUUAUUGAGCUAGUUUGGGUCAAAUGACAACGCGAGCCCCCAUCUUGUGCCCAGCUCACGCAUAGAGCGGGUGCCCGUCUAUUAGUGUGUAGACCCUCAGAUACCUUGGAAGGAAGGUGGGGUGAGCUGUAUUGCUCCCCUUUUCUGGGUGAGGCUGGUCAUGCCCCAAGAGGCAAAAUGACUGAGCAAGGUCCCAUAGCCAGUGAGAAGGCAGAGCGGUGACCCAGCCCAGGCCUCCUGAUUCCUGGCCCGUGCUUUUGCAGUAGCUGGGGUAAAGAUGCAAAGUUUCAGGGACUGGUAGAGGUGAGUUUGGCUAAACUGGGCACCAGGCUAGUAGCCUGAGGGCUCAUUUCAGGGGUUAAGUCGACAGUUGACUCACCAGCAUCAGGCGAAUUCAAGCUGUGGCAUGCGUCUUGGUGUACCGUCAGCUUUAAUCCCGGAUGGUCCUGCAGUUUGCCUCUGCCUAUUGGACACACCAUCACAGCUGCAGUGACCUCCUGGCGAUGGUACAGACAGACGGUCUGGGAGCAAUCAUUUUUGGGGGACCAACUCCCAAGCCAUCCCACUCCCUUAAGCUAGUCCCUCGUCCUGAGCUUUUCCUCAUCUGGAAAGUUGUUUUGGUGGCAUGGGGCAGGGGGAGCCAGGAGAAGAACGUGAGGGUUGGGGAUGGAUAAGACAAUCUCCUAGCUCCCUCCAACUUAGAAAACAUCUAACUGGGCUUUAGUUUAAACCUUGUGUUCUUGAGUGAUGUCAAAGCCAUGUCCAGCUUGCUGUUCUGCAGGUGCCUUGGGGGCCAUUCGUGAGGGAGAGCGUGGCCAGGCAGGGUAUGAGUGCAUUGCUUCUGCUUCAGACAGAGCGGUUCUUCCCGAUCUCUUUCAUACAUCAGGGUUCCUUGGGAAAUUUUUAUACUUAAAAAAAACAAAAAAGUCCCAUUGAUUUAAAAGAUUUGAAAGUGACUCAUUAAACUAAACAAGUUAAUUGAAUUUGUUGCUAAUGCCAAGCUUAGUCUUUUGAGAAUUGGUAGUUGAUUUUAUGUUUUAAGAUUAUCAAAUACCUCGGUAGGUAAACUGAGCCCAUGAUCUCGUCCUAGGUGGUGAGCAUACUCCCAGCCUGUGGAUAAGGCGCGGGGAGACAGGCUUUAGCGGGGAUAGGGAGUUUGAGUUCCCGUGUGUCAAGUCCAUUGACUUCUCUGGACCCUUUUCCAUGCAAAAUGGACUGAAGGGGAGAAUUAGGUAAGUUCCAACAGUCUUAGCUUCUGGUAAGGCAGUGUCUGGCUCAGGUGGCAAAUACACAGCACAUGUGCUACUAUUCCCACAUCGCCAGGCCAUUGCAGACAUAACUAAUCAAUCACAGCAUUUGUGUUCUUCGAGCCUGGAUAAGAAUCCUCAAUACAGUGCUCUGGGAAGCCAUUACUAAUUGAUCAGAGUUUAAUCUCUGUGACAUGCUGGUCUAAUCUUUGGAAGAUUUCUAUCAAUCACAUAGAAACAUAUGCUGGCUGGGUUUCCUACUGGCCCAUCCCUGUUUUUCAUGUCCCGAUCCAUGAGAGAGAAAACUCUCCUAAAGCCAUUCCUUGGCACAAGACUCCUAAUACUACUGUGACACAUAGCUCCACUUGAGUAGGGUGGGGUGGUGGUAGCGGGUAGUGGAAUAGCAGACAGGAACAUAUUAGGGGAAGGCAGGGCUUAUGAGGAUGGACCAAAAAUGAAACUUUGCACAGCACAGACCUGUUCAUUCAGAAUUCCUUUAUAGCUAUUCACUGCCUAGCACAUAGUAGGCACACAAUAAACGGUUAUCGAAUGGAGCCGAAUUUAAAUCACGAAGUCGUGAUUUGCAUCAAGGAGUAAACAAAGCCUUUACCCUGCAGAAGCCAGUAGGAUAGAGCACUAGAUGCAGAGUCUGGAGAGCUGGGAGGAGUCCUGACUUCACCAAGAAUUUAUUAAGUCCCUUCCCUUGCCUGGCCUCAGUGUGCUGGAGGGAGUUAGAUGAUAUGAUCUCUACACCCCUCCUAUUUGCUUCUUCCUUGAUUGCAUUUGGCCAGAGGGUCUGCCUUGAGCUGGUUGGUGGUCUUUUAGGGUAAAGAAAUAGGAUUUUUAGCGAAGGAUGAGUCUCUCCCCCCACCCUUUGGGGUCAGUUGAAGCUGCCCUUUCACAUCAGAUUAAUCCAGGGCACUUGAAGUUACUUAGGUGUUGGCACUUGAAGUUACUUAGGUGUUGGCCCUUGAGCAGAGCAGAGAUAUGAAUGUGGCAUUGGGUCGUGACAUGCCUAAUGUUAGGGCUGGUGGCCACGGAUGAGGGAUGCUGCCUGCCAAGGACACCUAGUAGUCUCUGCUCGCCAUACAUAAAAGGCUACAAAUUCUCAAAUUGCCCAACCCUGCAGAAAACCUCUAUCUGGAAGGACUCAUUCGGUGCUGUGAUUAUUUACCAAGGAAACUCCAAGGUCUCUCCAGCAAAACUAGUCAACCUUUGUCUCUUUCCCACCAAAUUAAGGAGUGACCCAGAGGGAGCAGCUGCCAUUGGCAACCAUCUCGUUGUAGCUCUGUCCUAGUGUUUGCUCUCGAUGAUGUUUACAUGUGAUCACCGUAAAAGCUUACCAUAGCCUGUGUCAAUAGCCGCCCUCGCAGGGCGGGUCAUGCUGUCCAUCUCUGCGCCGUGCUGGUGUUUUCCAAAAAUGUCUGAUCCAAACACUAAGUGGAAUUCUUCCAUCUCCUUCCUCAGUCUGUACAAGGCUGAAUCAGAAUCCUCACUCUCGGGGGCUCUGGUUACCGAAGGAAAAUGCAUCAAAGAGGUAAAAAAUGAGUGGAUGGAGUGCAGCUAAGACCCCCACCCUCUUGCCCCCUCACACCUUGGCCCCCCAACCAGAAAAUGGCUUUGAGUCAGAAAGCACUGGUCGGGCCUGCGUCUGCCUUGAGAUCUCACAGCUUUGAGUGUCAUAUGUGCCCAGAAAAGAGGCAGGGCUUUGGGGGCCGGAGGAGGAAGGGAGGAAUGCUCUGAGCUGUAAAGACUCGGUCCUCAAGUCCUAACAUGGGAAGAGAUGCAAUAAGACAUCUUUCAUCGCCUAAAACCUGUGCUUGUUAGUUUUUCUAGAGUUAUUUCUCCUAGAUAUGUGCAAUAUGCCUGCCAGGGCCACUGAGGAGAGGCAGGGAAGGGCAGCCCAGCCCUUCUCCAUGGACAGCUCAGUUCGUGGCCCAUCCUAGGUUUGAGUUCAGUUGAAAUCUCAGCCGAGCCUGUGGUUUGAGAGAUGGGUCAUCCCGACUGUGAAACAGAAUAAACUUAGAGCAUGUGUUGAUCUGACUCACUGAUGACAAAAUUACAGUAUUUUUCUUAGCAUUUGAGAUUUAGCAGCUGCCCUCAGUCUGGGGGAAUUAUACAUCCCAGCAUCAGAUAGGAUCAGGGAAAGAAAUUGGAUGUGCAAUAGCAAAGAAAGUGAACCUAAUGGUUUCACUGGCCAAAGAAGAGGGACCCUCACCCCUUCCCACUGGGGCAGAAGGAAACCGAUUAGUACUAUGUGCAAUAUGUUAAAGCUGGUCCCCAAGUCCCUGAAGCAUUUGCACACACAGAUGGGUUCCAGGGCUGCUUGCUGACUCUGGAGGUGCAGGGUAAAUGGAGAGAGAGCUCGGGAGCUAGAAACUCACGUGCACAGAGAUGUCUUUGUCCCAGAACAGACAUGGGUGGGGAAGCCCCCGGGAGCCGGCUGCGGGACACCUAGGAGGUAGGCAGAGGCUGACUUUGAUGAACUAAUAAAAGUGCUUGGAGAAAACCACAACACUUAGCCUGGCUCCAUGUUUCUACACUGGAAAAUAUGGAUCUCCUUUGGCUGUGUGAAGUGCUGUCCUAGGGGUUGGGACCGGAGGCUGGGAAUGGGCUGGCGUGAGGGAGGAGAGGGCAAGAGAUGCCUUCCGAGACAUCGGCAGCGGGAGAGCCGAUGCUAGUCAGGAGCCCUAGAAACAGGGAGCCACGGGUUUGGAUCUUGGUACCUACUUUCGUAUUAUAGAAAGACAAAAACAGCCCAGCCGAGUGAAAUGUGUUCGUGGAGCAAAUCAUCUAACUAUAAGCCAUCUCAGUGUGAGAAACCCUGAUGUUCCUUACUUCCUGGGUGACCUUGGGCCCGUUUUCUCAUCUACCCAAUGAGAAUGUCGACUCUGAGCCCUGAAGUCCCUGUCACCUGGGAAGGGCCUGGAUUCCCAUCCUGGGGCGUGGGACUCCACCACUCCCCUGGGCAACCGAAUUCAUUCUCUGGCUUUGCCCAGCUCUUGUUCAGGGGAGGGUUUCUCUGCAAGAACCAACCGGCCACAGGUUCAACCCCACACGGUCCUUACUGAGUUGCCUUAUACGAGGAGGCCGGCUCCCCAGGACAGAUCUAAGCCAUAGUUUCUGGUGGGGGUGGUGAGGAAUUAAUCCCCCAGGUUGGCUACUUGGCGAUGUGGAAUCACUCUCACAUUAGCCUUGUCAUUGUCCCCGCCGAACAGCUUUUAAUCUGAAUGUCGAGACCACUUGGCUGUUUCUCUCUGGUUCCCAGACAAUACUAGCAAUACACUUGUUUUUUUCCAAACAGCUUAACAUAGGCACUUUUUCGCACAUUUCUUUCAAAUGAUUGUAAAGCAUAUGGGGCAACAGGAGGCAUCGAUCACACUGCAUAUGUUUAGGGCAGCUUUUGUUUUUUUGUUUCUUUAAUGGUAUAGCAGCAGUGAUUGAGGCUCCGGGGUUUGGGAGACAGACUUUCAGACAUUCUCUUUCAUGAGAAUGCCCUGCACAGCCAGGAGUGCAAAAAUCCAGCUGCCUGAAUCUGGGGCUUGGAAAAGAAGGUUUUGUAGGUGGUCAGUCCUGGGCUGUGCAGCAACUCCUCCUCAAAGGGGUGUUUAUAUAGCUAGAACCCUCUCUUUGCCAUACUUUUUGUCAAAGGAUUCUCCGAGGAAGCUUUAGAAAGCUUCCUUUUUCACUGUACCAGCCUUGCUUAGGGGUUACUUGUGGAGGGGAUUGGUCAGUUUCCACCUCAGCACUUUGCCUUAUCAACAUGUAGUCGCCAUCUAGUGGCCAGAGACUGUAUCCACCAGCUAUCCAGAUGGAAGGCAAAUACAUCCUUAUGGCCACCUUGCUGUCUAACGCUUUGGGAAUGUAAUGGCAUGAAUGAACUGUCUGUGUGUUCAGAGCCCAGCAUGACGCUAGGGUCAAAAGACUCCAGAAGCAGCCACUUUGUAGGCUCUCACGCAGACUGAGAGAUGCACUAGCUCUCCUGUGGGCAGAGGAGACAGGAGUGGACCCUGUGUCCAGGUACCCAGGAGGGGUUUACUGUAACUGCAAUACUGGCAGCCCGGCUGCUGCCCUUGUUAGGUGAACCUCUGCUAGGUGGCCUGCGUUAUACCCUCGGGACACACGAAGAGGUUGGCUUUAAGGAUUCUGGGGCCGGGGGCCUAGCCAUGACCUUUGAUAUGGUCCACCGAAUAGCCAAAUAGGGUUUUUCGUUUGAUUCUUUUUGGGUUUGUAUUUUGUAUUUUAAAAUCUUGUCAAAUGUUUUUGUGUUAGGAAUAAAAAGUCAUAAACUAUUCCCAACUUUGUUUCUUGAAGGAUAUUCCGAUUCUGAUGGAAACAGGUUGGAAAUCUCAAGGGGAGCGUGGUCAGGGUGGUACGUGGAACAGAGAAGUGGACCGCCUGGAUUUCCAGAUGGUUUCUGGGGAAGAUGGCCAUCCGGAAGUCCAGCUUAGCGCAGUCUGCUCUGGAAAUUCACGCCCACUGCCCUCACCUCCUGUGCCAUGUUGUUAGCAUUGGCUUGGGGCACCUGCUUCUGCCAGAGGCAGCUGCUCAUGUUGAAACCAACACAAGAUCCCUCUCCCCAACCCCAGGUUUCUAGAGAAGGUGUCUGUAGCUAGCCUUAAUCGACUGGGCGAGGUGGUCCCUAUGGUCCCUUCCAGCAUUUCCAAAUCUUGGACUCAAAUCCUUUUCUGUUGGUAUGACCAUGCAGCCUAGAGAAUUCUGAGCAAUAGCCGGGGCUUUCCCUGGCUCUGAGACAGGGUCAAACCAGGGAAUGGCUAAACUUGUGAGGUUUUGUCAUCCCCAGGGGUACUACCGUAGGGGGCAUUAUUUAUUAGGAAGCUCAAUAAGGUAACUACAGCCUGGGGUGUGUGAGUGUAAGGCUGUGUUUGUGUUGUGUGUGUGUAUAGGUAUGUGUGCGUGCACACACGCGUGUCUGCAUGUGUGUGUGUGUGUGUAUGUGGAAUUACAUUGAUGCAUUUCUUGAGAAAGGUGCAAGAAUUUCACCUACACAGAGGGACACAUCUGCUUUGUUAUUUAUAAUAGAAAGCUAAAUUUUAAUUUUUUAAAGGACACUGCUAAUGAUUGAGAAUCGAGUUUUUAGUUUUGCUAUUUUUUUUAAUUGGUAGAGGAUUUUUAUAUAUUUUUUUCCAUUUUGUUGGGUUGUGUCCUUAUUUAUAUAAAUACUUUAUCUGUAAGAGGCAAGGAAGAAACCUUCUUUGCUUUUAAUUAUUGUGGUUGUCAUCGUCCCUGUUUUAUUUCCGGUGUGAUUUAUCUGUCUUACCUUCUAAAUGAGAAAAUGUUUUCCUGUAUUUGUACAUUGUCAGAUUCUAUAGUUUCAUAGAUAAUUUAACCAAAUUGCUCUAUGUAUUAUUAUUCUGUGAGUAUAAAGUUCUAUUUUAACGUCUGUAAAUACUUCAGAACUGGCUUCUUUUCUCAGACUCCCACUGCGGAGUUAUUGUUUACAUCACAAAAACUGUAGAAUCUCUAAGCUCAUGUACUGUAAAUAGUGAAGUGAUCUGCUUAUAAAUAAACUUAACAAAUACACUAUGGAGAUUAAAAAGAAAAUGCCACCCACA